GAAGCCGUAAAGAGACAAUUCUCCGAUCAGACUCUGACGGCAUUCUUUCUUUUCCCAUUUGUUUGACUAAUUACGCCAUGCCCUCGUGAAAGUCCCCAUCCGUGGAUUUCUAUUAAAGACUUCGGCUGCCCUGAGUUCUCGUCCCUGGCGUUACACCGUUUCACUCUCACUUCCGGUUCGCUGCCGAUCCUCGAAGCUUAAAGCUUAAUCGCCAUCACGAUGAGCGACACCAGCGAGAAAACACAAGUAGGCGCCGCCGAGGAGGGCAAGAAGAUCGAUGCGCCGCCCGCCUCGGUCUCGUUCUUUGAUCCUGCCCUGAAAAGCGUCCGACGAACGGUGGCUCUCCAAUGGGCUCGCAUGGUGCUUAUACUAUGUGUUUUCGUCAUCUGCGUCCUGUCGCUGUUCUGGUCGUCGCAAUUCAAAGUCCAGCAACACCUCCCGAAUCUCCCCGUCUGGGUCGUCGACUUCGAUGGCCAGCUUGACCCCUACCAGAACCAGGACCAGGAUCCGAUCGUGGGACCCGCCGUGACCGACAUGGUGUCCUCCAUGCUCAACUCCGACAGCCAGACCGUGGGCUUCGCCGUCAAAUCGCCCGCCGACUUCGACUACGACCCGAUGGCCGUGCGACAGGGCGUCUACGACGAACACGCCUACGCCGCCGUGAUCGUGAACGCCAACGCCUCCGCCCUCCUGCGCUCCGCCGUCUCCAACGGAAACGCCUCCUACGACCCGACAGGCGCCGCCCAAUUCGUCAUCAUCAGCGCCCGCGACGAAAACACAUACAUGGCCUACAUUACGCCGGCCCUCGAUGCCCUGGAACGAGCCGUGCUGGCAGACUUCGGCCCCCGCUGGGUGCAGACCGUCGCUGGCGAGUCGCGUAACAUCUCCCGCGUCCCGCAAGCCAUCAACCCAGCCAUCGGCUUCACCACCAUCGAUCUCCGCCCGUUCGCCCCCGCCGUCGCAACCCCCGCCGUCACCAUCGGCCUCAUCUACCUGAUCAUCAUCGCCUUCUUCAACUUCCCCUUCCUCAUGCCCGUCCACAUGCAAUUCAUCAAGGGGAACCACCCGCCCCUCAAAACCGGUCAGUGGCUCGCCUGGCGCAUCCUCUCCAACAUCGCCGCCUACUUCUUCCUCUCGCUCUUCUACUCCCUCGUCUCGCUGGCCUUCCAGAUCCCCUUCUCCAACGACCCGGCCCCGGACACCGUCUCCGCCGCAAACCCCAACGCCUAUGGCCACGGCUCCUUCGUCGUCUUCUGGAUGCUCAACUGGGUCGGCAUGACGGCCCUCGGCUUCCCCUGCGAGAACAUGGCCAUGGUCCUCGGAUUCCCCUGGAGCUCCAUGUUCCUCAUCUUCUGGGUCAUCACGAACGUCGCCACGGGGUUCUACCCGCUCGAUCUGGAGCCGGGGUUCUUCCGCUGGGGCUACGCCUGGCCGCUGCAUCGGAGUAUGUCCCUGUUCCCUUCCCCUCUACCCCCUCGUGCAAUAAAUGCUAACAAUGGAAAACAAACAGUCGUCGAAGCUCUCCGCACCAUCCUCUUCGGCAAACACUCGCGCAUCGGCCUCGACUUCGGCAUCCUCUUCACCUGGAUCGCCAUCUCCAUCGCCUUCUACCCGUUCGCGGCAUUCAUCAUGCGCUGGAAGAUGAAGCGCGGGUGGUAAUCCCCUCGUGUCGUCUUUUCUUCCAUUUCAUCCGCAUAUACGUCUAAACGCAUACAUAUACAUAUACAUAUACCCCUCCAUUUAUUGGAAAUGAUUUGAAUAUAUACCCGACGCGAUAG